AUGAAUUGCUUUUCUUGUUUCUCGUCCCCAAAAAGCAAGAAGGAAUCCAGCUUCAGAGGGGAUCGCAGUCACAGAUCUCCCGGCGAGUCCAUCAAAUCAAAACCACCUGAAGUGUUGGAGUCAAACAAAGGUGAAAAUGAAAAUGUAGAGGCUCAAGCAUUUACAUUCCGUGAGCUAGCUGCCGCCACCAAGAAUUUCCGUCAAGAAUCUGUGUUGGGUGAAGGUGGUUUCGGUAAAGUUUACAAGGGCACCCUUCAGUCUACUGCCCAGGUGGUUGCUGUGAAACAACUUGACAGGAAUUCAGUGCUAGGAAACAAAGAAUUUCUUGCCGAGGUUGCCAGACUCAGUCGCUUACAGCAUCCCAAUCUGGUGAAUCUCAUUGGAUACUGUGCUGAUGGAGAUCAAAGGCUUCUGGUUUAUGAAUUCAUGCCCCAGGGCUCUUUAGAAGAUCAUCUCCUUGGCAAAAUGGCUCAAGGAAAGCCAUUAGAGUGGUUAACCAGAAUGAAAAUAGCAUGUGGAGCAGCUCAAGGUCUAGAGUAUUUGCAUGAUAAGACCAAUCCUCCCAUUAUAUACCGUGAUCUCAAGUCCUCAAACGUCUUGUUGGAUGAACAAUUAAACCCGAAACUAUCCGAUAUCGGGCUCGACAAGCUUGACCCUUCGACAGACAAGAUGCCUAUGCAAUCAAGGGCAAUGGGAACUUAUGGUUAUAGUGCACCAGAGUAUUCGAGAUCAGGUAGACUCACACCUAUUGCAGAUGUAUACAGUUUUGGAGUUGUUCUAUUGGAACUCAUCACUGGAAGAAGAGUCAUGGACACUACUAAACCUGUCGAAGAACAAAAUUUAGUUGCUUGGGCACAACCGAUCUUCCGGGAACCGAAACGGUUCACGGAAAUGGCUGAUCCUUUGCUUAAGAAGCAAUUCCCCGAAAGGGACUUGAAUCAAGCCGUUGGGAUUGCAGCCAUGUGUUUGCAGAACGAAGCUGCUGCCCGGCCUUUGAUGAGUGAUGUUGUUACAGCCUUGAGUUUUCUUUCCAUGGCCAAAAGUGACAACUCUGAUCCUGCCAAUCUUCCUCCCACCAUCUCAUCUAAGCUGCCACUCCAGGAGCGUAGCGAUGACGAACCGGACCAUGACGACUGCGACAACGAUGACGAUGACGAUCACAAUAGUGGUAGCCGUAGCAGUAGCUGUAAAAGUAGAAGUAUGAAUAGCAACGGAGAAAGUUCUUGCUCAAGAGAAGAACAAAGCAACUAUGAAGGAAAUGCUUCUUCAAGACAAAUGAACCAAAAGAAGUCACAGUCGUCGUUAAACCAGAACUACAACGAAGAAUCCGAGGGUUCGAGUGUCUGUUCGAGAGAUGAAGAUAGAAGAAAAUUGAGAAAUUCGUCGGUCCAGAAAAGCAACAGACAAAAAGGAGGCAAUGGAAGUAUCGCAGGAUGA